AUGACUGCAGAAGCGCAGCAGGCUCUGUCCUCUCAGCCCCCUCCUCCUCCGGUGCAGAACAGCUACGGCCCCAUGUCCUCCGUGGCCGAGAAGCAGCCGCAGAGCUCGGCCAUGGAAACCGCUUCCGCGGCUCCCGGCGGGGCCACCGGCAGCGCUCCGGGUAGCGGCGGAACCUCGGGUAACACCGGUCCCAAAACGAAGAAGACUAACGCAGGGAUCCGGCGGCCGGAGAAACCGCCUUAUUCCUACAUCGCCCUGAUCGUCAUGGCUAUCCAGAGCUCACCCUCCAAACGCCUGACCCUCAGCGAGAUCUACCAGUUCUUACAGAGCCGUUUUCCCUUCUUCCGAGGCUCUUACCAGGGAUGGAAAAACUCGGUGCGCCACAACCUCUCCCUCAACGAGUGCUUCAUCAAGCUGCCCAAGGGACUGGGACGCCCGGGCAAGGGCCACUACUGGACCAUCGACCCGGCCAGCGAAUUCAUGUUCGAGGAGGGCUCGUUUCGCCGCCGCCCCCGCGGUUUUCGAAGGAAAUGCCAAGCGCUGAAGCCCAUGUACAGCAUGAUGAACGGGCUCAGCUUUAACCACCUCCCCGAGAGCUACAGCUUCCAGGGUUCGGCUGGCGGACUCUCCUGCCCCCCCAACAGCCUCUCCCUCGAAGGGGGUUUGGGGAUGAUGAACGGGCAUCUAUCCAGCAACGUGGAGGGGAUGGGCCUGGCGGGACACUCCGUGCCCCAUCUUCCCGCCAACGGUGGGCACUCCUACAUGGGCAGCUGUACUGGCUCCUCGGCGGGAGACUACCCGCACCACGACAGCUCGGUGCCUGCCUCACCGUUACUCGCCGGUGGUGGAGUGAUGGAACCUCACUCGGUUUACUCCAGCUCGGCCUCGGCGUGGGCACCCUCUGCCUCGGCGGCCUUAAACACCGGCGCAUCCUACAUCAAGCAGCAGCCCCUUUCGCCCUGCAACCCCACGGCCAAUCCACUCUCCUCCAGCCUUUCCACGCACUCCCUCGACCAGUCUUACCUGCACCAGAACAGCCACAACACCGCCGAACUGCAAGGCAUCCCGCGGUAUCAUUCCCAGUCUCCGAGCAUGUGCGACAGAAAGGAAUUCGUCUUCUCUUUCAACGCCAUGGCCUCCUCCUCCAUGCAUUCAGCGGGCAGCGGCUCCUAUUACCACCAACAAGUGACAUACCAGGACAUCAAGCCGUGCGUUAUGUGA